AUGAGGUUUCUCGCGGAUGGCAUCUUGGCUGAUAUCGGGCCUGAUGAGCAGCGAGGGUUGGGGAUGAUCUUCUUCUCGUCGGCUCCAUUGUUUGGUCCAGCGCUUGGCCCAGUAGUUGGUGGGUUACUUGGGGAGGAAGGCGGAUGGAGAUGGGUGCAAGGAUUGCUCGCUAUCCUGGGAGGCGUAUGUUGUCUUGGCCUGGCGCUCAUCCUCCCGGAGACGUUCGCGCCCACCAUGCUCGUGCGACGGGCGGCCCUGCUCUCCCAAAUCAAAGGUCGAGUUCAUGUCUUGAAGCUGGAGAAAAACCGCCCCCACAAGAGUUCCUUGAGCACUGUCAAGACCGCUCUUGUUCGGCCAUAG